CGAGAGAAAAGACCAGUUCUCGCUCUUUCUUUGCUUAUGCCAGCAAAGUUGCAAUGAAGAAGAAAGAAACAGAGCCGGCACUCCACAACCAUUCAUCAUUUCCAAUUUUUAAAACCCUUCUCCUUUAACAAAACCAACUCCUUACCAAACCCCCUUUGAAUUCCUUCAUCAAUUUAUCUGACAAAACCAUCAACCCAAUGGCUCAGGCUGACAAACUCCAUCUCAUCAUCUUCACCUUCUUUUUGCUUUCAGUUUCUCUCCUCAACACGUCACUUUCUCAACCCCAAACUCCAUCUCCAGCUCCUGCUCCAGCGCCAGCCUCCGACUCAUGCAACGGCAUAUUCUUAUCCUACACCUAUACCGCAGGUAAUAGCAUCCCUCCCACCGACCCAACCAACCAAGCGUACCGUUUCGAGUCCACUUUAACUGUUCUCAACAACGGACUUCACGAGCUCAAGUCUUGGAGAGCGUUUGUCGGGUUUCAGCACAAGGAGCUUUUGGUCUCUGCUUCUAACGCUGUUUUGGCUGAUGGGAGUCCGCUCCCUGCUGAAGUUGGAAACGGCACCGUUUUUGCUGGGUUCCCUAUGAGUGACCUUAAAUCGGCUGUGGAGACUGCCGGGGACAUGACACAAAUGGAGGUUCGGGUCGGAUUGGUGGGUACACAGUUCGGUGUUGGAGCUCCGGCUGUCCCCAUGCCGCUCAAUAUUAGUCUUGUUAAUGAUGGGUAUUCUUGUCAUAAUGCCACCAAGCAAGGGAACAAUGAGAUGCAUGUAUGCUGCAUUAAAGAUACAAACUCUGAUUCAAACGGUGGGCUAAAUGAUGAAUUCUUGCCUAGGCAAGAGGGUGAUCUUAUAAUCAUGUAUGAUGUGAUCAGGGCAUAUGAUAAUAAUUACUUGGCACAGGUUUCAAUAUCAAACCAUAACCCUCUUGGUCGCCUUGAUAAUUGGCAAUUGAGCUUUGAUUGGAUGAGGGAGGAAUUCAUCUAUGCCAUGAAAGGAGCUUACCCUUAUGUUGUUGAUACAACAGACUGCAUUUUUGGCAGCCAAGGUCAGUACUACAAGGAUAUGGAUUUUUCGCAGGCAUUGAAUUGUGAGAGAAGGCCAACGAUUAUUGACCUACCUCCAACAAGGGCAAAUGACUCGAUUCUUGGGGGAAUUCCCUUCUGCUGUCGAAAUGGGACUAUCCUGCCCCCUUUAAUGGAUCCAAGCAAGUCUAAAUCAUCUUUUCAAAUGCAAGUUUACAAAAUGCCACCAGACUUGAAUAGGACAGAGCUAGCUCCACCUCAGAACUGGAAGAUCAAUGGCACUAUGAAUCCUGAUUAUGAAUGCGGGUCUCCACUGCAAGUAAGCCCAAGUCGAUUCCCUGAUCCAAGUGGUUUGCCUUCAGAAACAGCGGCAGUUGCCAGUUGGCAAGUAGUUUGCACUAUAACAUGGUCCAAGGAGACAGUUCCAAGAUGUUGUGUCUCAUACUCUGCAUUUUUCAAUGAUUCUGCUAUUCCAUGCAAUACAUGUGCAUGUGGCUGUAACGCCAACCCAAGUCAGACCUGCAGUGCUAGAGAGCCAGCUCUACUUAUACCAACUGAUGCUCUUCUUAUACCUUUUGACAACCGAACUGCUAAAGCUUUGGAGUGGGCUAAAAUAAAACGACGAGCAGUUCCGAAUCCAUUGCCAUGUGGAGAUAACUGUGGAGUUAGCAUAAACUGGCACUUAUUAUCAGAUUACAGAGGUGGAUGGAGUGCAAGGAUCACUAUUUUUAACUGGGGUGAAACUAGCUUUGCAGAUUGGUUCGCAGCCGUUCAAUUGGAGAAAGCAGUACCAGGCUUUGAAGAAGUCUACACCUUUAAUGGAAGUGUGCUGCUUGGCUCCAACAACACAAUAUUCAUGCAAGGUCGUUCAGGUUUGAAUUAUCUUAUGGCAGAAGCAAAUGGAGCCAACCCGAAAAAGGAUCCCCGUGUUCCUGGUACUCAGCAAUCAGUUAUCUCGUUCACAAAGAAGUCUACACCUGGUAUUAAUGUGGCAAAAGGGGAUGGUUUUCCAUCCAAAGUAUGGUUUAACGGAGAGGAGUGUGCACUUCCCACUAUUCUUCCUAACAAAGCUCCCAGUAUCAGUGCAGCAACCAGCAUUUUUGGCUUUCUGACACUUGCCCUUUUAUUUCUAAUGCAUCGAUAGCUGUUGUAUUGCCUUAAUUAGUUGGAUGAAAUUAUUAUUAUAGCUGCUCCAAAUUCAUUUUUUUUCCUUUUUCAGUUGCCUUCUUAGGGCCAAUACGUGUUUGGCCUUUGGGUUUAGAGGCUGAUUUUUAGCAUUGAACUAUUACUGCAUAUACAAAAGUUUAAUGUUCUAAUUUAAAGAAACAACAACAAUAUAUAUUUGAAAGAAAAAUUUGAAUAUCCUGCAGUUCGGUUGGAUAUCCUGCAGUUCUCUCUCGUUUUAUUCAGACAUAAGAUUAGAUUCAAAAUUUUCUUUCAAAUAUAGAGAGUUCAUACUGUCACGUCCUAGUUGAUUUACAGCAGCAACAAACAUGUCAUGGAGCUCGUGUCCAAAUCAUCCUCAGUUUCUUAACAGUCGUCACUUCAUCAGAGGAUUCACCACACCAAUAUCUUCAUCCUCACCAUCUCUUGUCCGUUUCAAGCUUUGCAGGCUUCCUUUAUCUUUCGCAGGCAUUUGAUCAUCAGCAUCGUUGGCUUGUUCUAAUAGCAAUAACCUGUCUUUAACAUUAAUGCUCCCAGGCUGCUGAAACUCUCCAAGGUACGUUUUUUCUUCCGAACCACAUGCUGCCAAAUGAGUCUAAUCACUUCAUAAGAACUGGUUUCACCAAAUAAUCACGAGCUCCAUGGAUUAUACCUUUCAUAACAACUCCUUUUCCAUCAU